AUGAAAAGCUUAAAGUGCAAAGUGGUGAAAGAUUUGUAUUAUCCUAACAUGACUUGCUACGCAAAGCCUUACAAUCGGACAACUUCCAUGUUUACAGUUUACGUAAAAUUUAAAAAACCUUUGGAUGAUUUUUCCGCAAAACUCUUGUUUGAAUAUCGAUAUUGUAAUAUUUACAGGGAAAUAAUUAAAUCUCCUAAAUUCAACUGGUGUUCCAAGGCUACAAAUACAAAUACAAAUACAAAGGCUAACAACACAAAUCCGCUGGUCAAAAUUUACUAUAGAACUUUAAAACUUUCAGACGAAAUAUUAGUCAGAAAGUGUCCCAUAAACGAAUUUAAUGAUAAAAAUAUCGUAAUGUCCACAGAUGCAUUUCCAGAUAUAGCAUUAGAAAUUAUUUAG